CCGCUCAGGCUCAGCCAUGGCCACGCUGCUCCCCUCGUUUCCGCACGCCCUCUCCAAGCCGCACCAUCUCCACCACUCCCACGUCGCCGCCGCCUCCACCAGGCCCGAGGCCCCCAGCGCCGCCCCCAACCCCGCCAGCUCGCGCCUCCGCCGCCUCAUCGCCCGCGACGACCUCGCCGAGGCCGCGCGCCUCGUCGAGCACUCCACCUCCCGCGGCGAGGCCCCCGACGUCUACCUCUGCACCAAGCUCAUCCGCAACCUCUGCCGCCGCGGCCGCACCUCCGACGCCGCGCGCGUCCUGCGCACUGCCGAGGCCUCGGGCGCCGCCGUCGACGUCUUCGCCUACAACACCCUCGUCGCCGGCUACUGCCGGCACGGCCGCCUCGACUCCGCGCGCGGCCUCAUCGCCUCCAUGCCCGCAGGCGUCCCGCCCGACGCCUACACCUACACGCCCCUCAUCCGGGGCCUCUGCGACCGCGGCAGGGUCGGCGACGCGCUCGCCGUGCUCGACGAUAUGCUCCGGCGCGGCUGCGAGCCCAGCGUCGUCACCUACACCGUCCUCCUCGAGGCCGUGUGCAGGAGCAGCGGCUUCGGGGAGGCCAUGAACGUCCUCGACGAGAUGCGCGCCAAAGGCUGCACGCCCAACAUCGUCACCUACAACGUCAUCAUCAACGGCAUGUGCAGGGAGGGCCGCGUCGACGAGGCCAUGGAGAUCCUCAACCGGCUCUCGGCGUACGGGUUCGAGCCCGACACCGUCAGCUACACCACUGUGCUCAAGGGCCUGUGUGCCGCGAGGCGGUGGGAUGACGUCAAGGUGCUCUUUGCCGAGAUGGUGGAGAAGAACUGCGUGCCCAACGAGGUUACCUUUGACAUGCUAGUCAGGUUCUUCUGUCGCGGGGGCAGGGUGGAGAGGGCAAUCGAGGUUCUUCAGCAGAUGUCACAGCAUGGAUGCACACCCAACACUACCUUGUGCAACAUUGUCAUCAACGCCAUCUGUAAGCAAGGCCGUGUGGAUGAUGCCUUUGAGUUCUUGAACACUAUGGGCUUGUAUGGGUGCACUCCAGAUACCAUUAGCUAUACGACUGUGCUGAAGGGCUUGUGUCGUGCUGGCCGAUGGGAGCAUGCCAAGGAGCUGUUGGACGAGAUGGCCCGGAAUAACUGUCCCCCGAACGAGGUCACGUUCAAUACAUUCAUCUGUAUCUUGUGCCAAAAAGGAUUGAUCGAGCAAGCUAUGACGCUUAUCGAACAAAUGCCGGAAUAUGGAUGUUCAGUGGGUAUUGUCACAUACAACGCUCUUGUCAAUGGCUUCUGCGUGCAAGGGCGUCUUGAUAGUGCUUUUGAGUUCUUUAAUAACCUGCCUUGCGAGCCCAACACGAUUACAUACACUACCUUGUUGACAGGCUUGUGCCACGCCGAGCGGUUGGAUGAUGCUGCACAGCUCUUGGCUGAGAUGAUUCAAAAGGACUGCCCUCUAAAUGUGGUCACUUUCAAUGUACUUGUGAGUUUCUUCUGUCAAAAAGGGUUUAUCGAGGAAGCAAUUGAACUUGUCUAUCAAAUGAUGGAGCAUGGUUGCACCCCUAACCUCAUUACAUUUAAUACUUUACUCGAUGGGAUUACCAAGGAUUGCAACUCAGAAGAAGCCCUGGAGCUAUUGCAUGGUUUGGUCAGUAAGGGAGUAUCUCUUGAUACGAUAACCUACUCUUCAGUCGUUGAUGUCCUCUCAAGAGAAGACAGAAUCGAAGAAGCCAUUCAGAUAUUGCAUGCCGUGCAAGAUAUGGGGAUGAGACCAAAAGCUCUGAUGUAUAACAAGAUACUAUCCGCCCUCUGUAAAAGAUGUGAAACAGAUCAAGCUAUUGAUUUUUUAGCUUAUAUGGUGUCUAACGGUUGCAUGCCUAAUGAGUCGACCUACAUUAUUCUCAUCGAAGGCCUUGCCCACGAGGGUCUGCUGAAGGAAGCACAAUAUGUACUCAGCGAUUUGUACUCAAGAGAAGUUCUAAACAAGACUUCAGUUGAAGACCAGCACUAAGGGUGUGGUUUACACUGUGCAUAUUUCUUAUGACUGAAAAAGAAAGAGAAAGAAAGUUGUGCAUAUGCCUUGACUCAAUGAUGAAUCUGAUGCCUUAGUGCUUUCUAAAUUUUCCCGAGUCUCUAUGGAGCUUAUUCCUCAUUCACUGCAAGGUGGAAUAGGGUGGCACGCUUUAUGUGUGUGCAUCAAGCAACAAUGAUCCUUGAAGAUGGGAUAGGUCUUUGAAGUGUGAAGACCAAGGAAAGCAAGAGGACAAUGUGGAGGAAAAUAAGUGAAGAAAUGGGUGUUCAUAGUUAUAUCUGUCUAGUAAAGAUUAAAUAAUACAGGCCCAACAUAGUUUUUUUUUGAAACACUUCUGAGCUUCAGCAGUUUGAGACUGACGAGUUGAAUUAUUUUAAUGUACUUCUUCAUGUUUAUUAAAACAUUUUGGUUUGUCUUCAUUAGCAAUGGUAUGUUAACAAUGGCCUUUCCCUCCAGGGCCUAUUAA